CCAGCUGGAGGCCGCCCCCUUCUGUCCCUGAGCCUGGGCUGGGACGUGGAUGCUCUUUUGUCGCCUGCCUUGGCUAAAAGGUAAAGCGCGUUCUCAUGACCCUUCGUCUGAUCAUCAUACGUACUUGCCUCCAACAUUCCCAUGCAGACACGUCGAGCUUUUACAUAAAACCCAUCGUCCACGCGAUUACCAGCGACCCCCCUUCUGCUCUAUUCAAUCUCUGCUUUUUCCCAGAUACCCCUCCAACUUGAGAGACAACGUACAUAACCGCCCUUGAUACCCCAUCCAGUCUCCAGUUACCCCUCACAAAACUCCCUCCUACAACACUUUCAAACAUAUCUCUCAACAACUCCAAACACAAACAACCGCCAUUAUGUCAAACACCACUGUUCACGUCAAGAACAUCGCUUCGGCGACCGAAGACAAGGAGAUCAAGGACUUCUUCAGCUUCUGCGGCAAGAUCACCAACAUCGAGGUUACUCCCGCUGGCGAGACCAAGGAUGCUGCCGUCACUUUCGAGAAGGAGACCGCCGCCAAGACGGCCCUCCUCCUGAACAACACCCAGCUCGGCACCUCCCACAUUACCGUCACCAGCGCCGGUGGCGACCCUACCGAUGACGCUCCCCACCACAAGGAGAACGCCGACCGCGACUCGGACGACAUUACACAAGAAGAGAAGCCUCGCUCUCGCAUCUUCGCCGAGUACCUUGCUCAGGGUUACGUUGUCGGUGACGCCGCUCUGCAGCGCGCCAUCGAGCUCGACAGCCAGCAUGGCGUCUCCAACCGCUUCUUGACCACCCUUCAAGGCCUCGACACCAAGUACCACGCAACCGACCGCGCCAAGGCUACGGACCAGUCCUACGGCAUCACUGCCAAGGCUCAGGGCAUCUUCGGCGGUUUGAGCUCGUACUUUGAGAAGGCCACCAGCACGCCUACUGGCAAGAAGAUUGUCGGUUUCUACGAGACUGGUUCCAGACAGGUGCAGGACAUCCACACCGAGGCCCGUCGUCUUGCCGACCUCAAGAAGGAGGAGCACGGCGGCAGCGCAUACAAGGCCUCUGGCCUCGAGAGAUUCCUGGGCAAGGAGAAGGCUGCCCCCGGUGCCACUGGCGAGACCAUUGGCACUCAGUCCCCCACCCAGCCCGACCCCACGACGGCUGUUCCUCUGUCCAAGCCGUCGGCCGCCACUGACGAGAAGACUCCCUUGUAAAAGAGUGAAGAGAAAUGGUUUGCAAAAGGAUUUGAUGGUAGGCGUUGGCUGGGUUUAUUAGGCACAACCGUUUCAUGAUUGCGACGCGUGUGGUUUUUAUUGGCACUUAGGUAGUUAUGACUUUCAAUGCAAAUCAUGGCAUCGAACAUA